AUGUCAUCCCCGUCCAAGUCCGAAUCACCUUCAAGAGACGGCGCCAACGGAUCUGCAAAUCAAGAUGAGAAGCCGCGCUUAACCGAGGAAGAGAAGAAGCAGAACCACAUUGCCUCCGAGCAGAAGCGCCGCCAGGCCAUCAGGGAGGGCUUUGAUAGGCUCACCGAGUUAGUACCAGGCCUGGAGGGUCAAGGUCGAUCAGAGGGUAUCGUUCUCAAGCGGACGGUCGAGUUCAUGCAUGAGCAGAUCGAGGAGAGGCGCAAGAUCGUUCAGAAAAUUGAGCAGAAUGGCGGACAGGUGGACGAGGCCAUGAAGAGGUGA